AUGCUCCGGAAAAAAAUUACAAUACAUGAGAGCAGCUUGCUUGUUGCUUGUAACACAAGGGGUGGCAAAGAAAAGAUUCCUGAUGGAUUAUCAAAUCUAAUCGGCACAUUAUCAGCAGGAACCGAAGUUUUACGUAAUUCCGUCGUAGAAAAAGUGGAAUAUGGUACUCAAGGUGUUAAAGUAGAUUAUCGUCAUAACGAUGAAAUCCAAAGCAUUUUUGGUGAUAUGUGUAUAUGUACACUACCGCUUGGUGUACUUAAAGAUUCAAUUAAAAAUAUCAGUGGCUCUCCGCAUUUUGAACCAGCAUUACCGGUUAACAAACGAAAAGCUAUUGAACAGCUUGGCUUCGGUACUAUUAAUAAGGUGAUUGGCUUAUGGUUUAAUGAGAAGCAAAUGGUUCAUUUAGUUUUUGGCAUGAUUGCCAACUCGAUUUUCGUAAUUCUGUUCUUCGAUAGAUCCUUCUGGGAUCAUCAACCAGUUUUCGGCAACAUUGGUGAAUCCGGAUGGUCAAGAGGAGAAUUAUAUAUGUUCCAAGCAGUACCCGAUAGAUCUAUCUUGGUCGGUUUAUUAUCCGGUGAAGCAGCCAAUCUGAGUGAAGAUUAUGAAAAGAGAACAAUAGUAAUUCGAGCAAUGAACAUACUUAUCGCUGUUUUUGGUCCUUCUUGUCCUCAAAAGGUUCCCAUCGAUGCGGUGGUGACAAAUUGGCGUACUGAUCCGUUUGCUCGUGGUGCUGUAAGUUACGUGCCUACGGAGGCUACAGGAGAUUUGUAUGAUAAAUUAGCAGAACCUGUAUUAGUUGAAAAUGAACAGCCUCGGAUAUUAUUUGCUGGCGAACAUACUAUUCGCAAUUAUCCUGCUUCCUUACAUGGAGCAUUUUUAUCGGGUGUACGCGAAGCUGCUCGUGUUGCUGAUUAUUUUAGUGGAUCUCCUUUCACCCUAACUUCAUAA